AAAAAACAUGUUGUGCUAUGAGCCUAUGACGGAGUAAAAGCGAAGGAAGGAAGAAAGUACUCACAAUUCAACAAUGGCGAGGAGGAGAUUUUUGUUGUUGCUGAAACCUCUUGACGUGUACCCAUCGCACUACUCCAAUGGCCAUCUCACUUCACACUUCACGAACCCUAAGAUACUUAAACAUCUAGAUAACAGGCGACUAGUUCAUAGAGAUGCUAUAAGUUUCUGCCAGAAUGUGUUGAGGAAAAAGUUUAUUGACUGUGUCUCUGUCUCCCGUCAUGAGUUGUCCCAGCCAGUCCGCGAUGUGGAUCUAGUUCUUACCAUUGGUGGCGAUGGCACAUUGUUACAGGCAAGCCAUUUUUUGGACGAUACAGUUCCUGUUCUUGGAGUGAACUCUGACCCAACUCAACCAACAGAGGUGGAAGAAUUCAAAGAAGAUUUUGAUGCUACAAGGAGCACCGGCUAUCUUUGUGCUGCCACUGUUAAUAACUUUGAACAAGUAUUAGAUGAUAUUCUUGAGAAACGUUCCAAGCCUUCUGAAGUGUCAAGGAUGUUAAUUUCUCUCAACUCCCAAAACCUGCCAACUUAUGCUCUUAAUGACGUUUUAGUUGCCGAACUUAGUCCUGCCACAGUCUCAAGGUUCUCAUUCAGAAUAAAGAAAGAGGGAUUGUCAUGUUCCCCUUUGGUCAAUUGCAGAUCAAGUGGUUUGAGAGUGUCAACGGCAGCUGGAUCAACGGCAGCUAUGCUAUCCGCAGGUGGAUUUGCUAUGCCUAUUCUGUCAAAGGACCUCCAAUAUAUUGUGAGGGAACCCAUUUCUCCUGGUGUAAAUCGUGGAUUCAUGCACGGAAUUAUAAAGCCAAAUGAGCUGAUGGAGAUUCAGUGGCAAUGUAAAGAGGGAAUGAUAUGCGUUGAUGGGUCCCAUGCCGUUUGUCAUCUCCAGCUUGGGGAUAUAGUUGCACUAUCUCCUGCUGCUCCCAUUUUGAAAGUCUUUUUGCCUAAACAUUUGUUAUCAUGAGAUGUGGAUAAUAUUCUUAAUGACAAAAUCAAUUCUAUAUAAUAGAAGCAUAAUUUUCUGCAUUCUGCUAUUCCAUCCAAUUUUAUUAUUUCUCGAC